CGUGACGUCACUUCCGGCCGCACCGGAAGAGAAGGUGGAGGGCUCCUCGACCUUCCCGCCAUGCCGCCAUCUUGGGAAUGGCUGCCGGACGCCACCGCAGCCCUCACCUGGGACCGGACCGCUCGGGGGGGGGACCCAAGGCUCGGCUCCACGUUCCCAGCCACUCCAGUCCGCCGGCGCCUGCGGCCCUCUCGCUCACCUCGCACCGGGCUGGGAGACAGCCGCGACGGCGGCCUUGAACGCCUGGCCCGCCGCCCUUCUUCCACAGGCCUCGCCUCUUCACCCGGGACACCUUCCAUGCCGGCCAACACCGCUGCCAACGAGCCUGCACCAUGUGCAGCCCGGUAAGCCUGCAACAGGGCCACCAACGAUUCCUGGGAAACAUCCAUCAGAUAAGCAGGAAUACAGGUAAGUGAACAACUGAAUAAUAAUAGCUGGGUUUUUUUUGUUUGUUUUUUAGGGGUCAGCAAAGAAGGACAGAUGAAAGUCAGGAUCCCUGCACUUCCAAAGCUGACUGGUAAGUCCCCUCCCCUAACUGUCCUUAUAACUGUCUUCCAUCUUAGCAACUAUGUAUCCAUUUAUACCCCUCCCUUCCCUUACUCCUUCAAGACUCCUUAUCCUAGCCGCAGUCAUGUCCCCCCUUCCUUGUCAGUCCAGGGAGGUGUAUUUAUCGUUGUUCUUUGAUUAUCCAUUUCUGUCUUGUAGGAUUGAGACCCUGUGGUUGGGGGUUUUGAGAAAUAGGGGGAAGUGGUUUUGAGAAAUUAACAGAAAACUUGUCUGCGGAGACUGCUCUUGGCGUAUAGAGACAUUUAUAACGGUUUAGAGAAUUCAAAAUAUUUUAUUUCAGUUUGUCUUUUUUGGGCCAAAACGAGAAAUUCACUUAAAAUUUAAGUUUUAUAAAAUGAGGCUUUAUUUACUAAACCUUAAAUUGUGAUGAAUUUAUAGCUGAAAUGCAAAAAUUAGGAAACAGAUGAAUUGGAAAGUCGGCUAGGCACCUAGGCCAUCUCAAUGAAGUGGUAUGCCUGUAGUGGGAUGUUAGUUUUACCCCAGCAAUGUAAAGCAUUAUUGUUUAGUAGAUACAGCAAUGCUUGCAUUGCUGGGCUAAAUAUGACUUUAGUAGCUAUCUUCCAGACAGCCACCAGAGGUUCUUCUGCUGUGAUACUGAGUCAAACUCUGUGAUCACAGCUAACCUCCAUUUCAUUGGAGGAGCACAGCGUUGACUGAGCAUGUACGUUUCGUCCACAAUGCUCUCUAUGAGGAACAUUGGAUUGGACGUGUAGAAGUGUUGGCAUGACAUCGUGGGGACUUGAUCUCGAUUUUGGGGACUCGAUCUUAGCGCUGAAAAAAAAAGGCAAUUAAUGCCCUUUGUUCCAGUUUUUUUUAAUCUAGAUAUAGGGGAGACCCUGAAUCUAAAUAAAGAGAACCCUAUAUAGCUUUAGGAAUAUAGGUUAGACGUUUUUCCUGUUAAUUAAUAUAAUGCAUGAGACCCAUAAUACCUGUUGGUGUAUGGGAAGAGACCUUAUGUGAUGAGGAAGUCUUACAUUGGUGGCCUUAUUAGGACCCUGUGAAGUCUUUAUCCUGCAGAGCUUUUAUUCCUAUAGUAGUUACAUCUUUCAUGUGUCUUUCAUAUAUAACUAUAAAACUACCUAUAGAUACACAUAACUAUAGAAUAUAUAGUGUCCCCUUUCUUUUAUGCACAUUCCAUACUAUCUUUUAACCACUUCUUGAGUUUGGCUAUAUUCCACUGAUUUGUUUCCCAAUACUCAUUUGCAUAGUCUACAACUCUACAUAGUUGUAUUGCAUUUUUUACUUGGCAACAUUAAAAAAAAAAAAAGAUAUGAUAAAAGUCUAGAAUUAAUUAAACACUGUGAUAUAUGUUUUUAAUUUCCAGCAAUGCAACUAAUAUAUAGCUCCCUAUUAGAUCCCCACCAGAUCUGACAAUAUUAUGCCACAUAGAUUUUGAUCUCAUAAGUUUAAACGUUGUUUAAAAAAACUGUACUCAUACCUCUGUAAUACACACUAUAAAUCAUAUGUAUAUCACCUCAAAGGCAAAUACCUAUAGAACUUAAGAUGGUUAAAAUAAACUCUAUCACACACACAUAACCUCAAAAAAGUAAUUAUAGCAUACGGUGAUCCAUCCAGUCCUAAUAUAAAUAAUUUCUUUUGAUUAUCCCCUUUAAAUAAUGCUAUAAGUUGCUACUGGUUCAUACAUGUUCUUUAUGUAAAGUAUAUUGGUUGCAUAUUAUACGACAGGUAUUCAUUUAUUUCAGAGUAUUUAUCCCUGUGCCAUUCCCACUACCAAUAUCUGUAAGGGUAAUCAUACAUAUUUGAAUAUUUUGUUGCAUAUUACUUUUAGGAGAAUGUGGGCAUAAAAUACUUUUCAUGAUAUUAAUCUUAGAGGGUGACAGAUUAUAGAUCGUUUAGAGUACUAAUUAGGCCAUUAGUAAUGUCUAGUAUUAGAGGCAGCUCUCAUCAAACUAAGAGUUCUACGACUCAAUACAAAACCACCUUUAUUCAUUAUUGGUACUUUAAACAAAACAACUCCCUUUUAAACAGAUAAUUACAAAACAAUCUGUCAACCCCAUUAAUCUCUACCCCGUUACGUAAAACCAGUAAUUAAACAGGUGGGAUAAAAUGUUCUGGUUAAUGUCCCCUUAACAUCCCACCUACUAAAUACAUUAAAAAGCAAAUCUCACCCAAAGGCCUCAGCAAUCAAACCUUAAACUCCGAACAUAUACCCUUCUUUACUCAUCUAAGCAAUAUUUAAUUUCCCUUUCUUUUUUAGUCAUAUAUGUAAUGAGCUACAAAUAUGUUAUACAAUUGAAAUGUUCAAUUUGUUACUUUCUUUACAAAAAACAAAAACUUUGUCAUCAAAAUGUAUGAAGCCUACGAAACGAAGAAGAAACCACACUCGGCAUUAUCAAAAAUAACAAAUGUUUUCAACCAUCUGUACAAUUAUAAGAUGUAUAACAAAAGCAUGUAUUCUGUAUUGGUGAAACUGCAAAUAAGACGACGGCAUACCAAAAAUAAAGAAUUUAAAAAAUAAAAAGCAAAUCUCUUUAGAAUGAACAUUAUACAACUUUUGGUGUAAUAACAAAAUGUAAAUUCAAAUAAAUAGGUAGCACGCUUUUUGAACAAAUUGUGAUACACAAUCUCUUCCAAUAUAUUGAUAUGCUAUAAAGUAUUCACAAUCAGCCACUUCCUGCACAUACGGCACAAAGCAGUUCUACAAUACAGCAAUACAGCACCCUUAAAACAUAUACCACAUAAUCACAUACAUUACACGCACUUACAGCAUUCUUAAAAUGUGAGAUUUCCCAUUUUUACAAAUACUUCCAGAAAUUGAAUUUAAAAAAAAAAAAAAGUUAUUCCCUGCGUUGUAGUUGAUAAUUUUCUUCAUCAUUUUUUCAUUGUGUUGAUUCUUCUUUGUGACAUAUCUGUUUUGGUCUGAGAGACUCAUGGAAAUUGUGAUAUAAGAGAAACUAAAGACUUCCUUUAUCACCGGUAACCACAACUUCUCUGAGAACCACAGAACUUGUUUGUUUCAAGUGACAAAGCUUUGUGGAAAGAGGUCUGUCGUGGAAAAUGUUUGAAUUAAGCUUUUCUAAAAAAAGAUUGAAAAAUAUUUAUAGAAAAAAGGAUGUGUGAAGAUCCGAAACUUUCCAUUAAGUGUGUACCUUUAUAUAAAAAUAAGAACCAAAUUUAGAUGAGGUUUGAGGUGAACUAUUUAUAGAUUAAAGGAAAUUGCUGUGCUGUGACAAGCAGAAUUUACUGUUGCUGUUAAUUGUAGUAAAAUAUCAAAUCAUUUAUUUACAGGUUUAUUUUUAUUAGUAAAAAUCCACAACUGUGGUAGCACUUGUGAAAGAAAAUAUUGUUUAGAUGUUUUUUCGGUGGUUACUAAGAGAUCGGUCUCUAGCUGUCAUAGUAAUACAAUGCUGACAAAGCAUCAUGGGAUUUGCAGUUUUUCUUAAGCUGGUGGGCUACCAUUUGGCGAACCUUGACGUUCUAGAAUGAUGGGAGAAUUCACAGGUAAUACAGAGAAGUGUUGUAUUGAACUCUUUCAGAUGUUAAUGUGAGAUCUCAUCAGGCGAAAAUAUUAUUUAAAUCUAAAAGUCUGAGAUAGUAAUUGUAUGCCUUUAACUCACACUGUCCACUUAGUUCAAGUUGGGUUUGGUUAAAAUGCAUGUGUGCAGAGCUAUGUGCAGAGAUCCAAUGUAGACUUAACGUGGGUUGGCUGUCCAAGCUGGAUAUUUCCAGUUGGGUGCACUCAAUGUCCUGACUUGAAGAACCAUACAAUAAAAAGGUCUACGAGCUGCAUUGACUCUCUUGUCAGUUACCGAAUAUUGUCAGAAUUCUCCCUUUUGACUGUCAAGUAACAUAGAAACAUAGAAACAUAGAAUGUGACGGCAGAUAAGAACCAUUCGGCCCAUCUAGUCUGCCCAAUUUUCUAAAAACUUUCAUUAGUCCCUAGCCUUAUCUUAUAGUUAGGAUAGCCUUAUGCCUAUCCCAUGCAUGCUUAAACUCCUUUACUGUGUUAACCUCUACCACUUCAGCUGGAAGGCUAUUCCAUGCAUCCACUACCCUCUCAGUAAAGUAAUACUUCCUGAUAUUAUUUUUAAACCUUUGUCCCUCUAAUUUAAGACUAUGUCCUCUUGUUGUGGUAGUUUUUCUUCUUUUAAAUAUAGUCUCCUCCUUUACUGUGUUGAUUCCCUUUAUAUAUUUAAAUGUUUCUAUCAUAUCCCCUGUCUCGUCUUUCCUCCAAGCUAUACAUGUUAAGAUCCUUUAACCUUUCCUGGUAAGUUUUAUCCCGCAAUCCAUGAACCAGUUUAGUAGCCCUUCUCUGAACCUCUCUAAGGUAUCAAUAUCCUUCUGAAGAUACGGUCUCCAGUACUGUGUACAAUACUCCAAGUGAGGUCUCACCAGUGUUCUGUACAAUGGCAUGAGCACUUCCCUCUUUCUACUGCUAAUGCCUCUCCCUAUACAACCAAGCAUUCUGCUAGCAUUUCCUGCUGCUCUAUUACAUUGUCUGCCUACCUUUAAGUCAUCAGAAAUAAUCACCCCUAAAUCCCUUUCCUCAUAUGUUGAGGUUAGGACUCUAUCAAAUAUUCUGUACUCUGCCCUUGGGUUUUUACGUCCAAGAUGCAUUAUCUUGCACUUAUCCACAUUAAAUGUCAGUUGCCACAAUUCUGACCAUUUUUCUAGUUUACCUAAAUCAUUUGUCAUUUGGCUUAUCCCUCCUGGAACAUCAACCCUGUUACAUAUCUUAGUAUCAUCAGCAAAAGACAUACCUUACCAUCAAGACCUUCUGCAAUAUCACUAAUAAAAAUAUUAAAGAGAAUGGGUCCAAGUACAGAUCCCUGAGGUACCCCACUGGUGACAAGUCCAAGCUUCGAAUAUAUUCCAUUAACUACAACCCUCUGUUGCCUGUCACUCAGCCACUGCCUUACCCAUUCAACAAUAUUGGAAUCCAAACUUAAAGAUUGCAGUUUAUUGAUAAGCCUUCUAUGUGCAACAGUGUCAAAAGCCUUACUGAAAUCUAGGUAAGCAAUGUCUACUGCACCACCCUGAUCUAUAAUUUUAGUUACCCAAUCAAAAAAAUCAAUAAGAUUAGUUUGGCAUGAUCUCCCUGAAGUAAACCCAUGUUGUCUCUGAUCUUGAAAUCCAUGUGUUUUUAGAUGUUCAUCAAUCCUAUCCUUUAACAUGGUUUCCAUCACUUUCCCCACUACUGAAGUAAGGCUUACUGGCCUAUAGUUGCCCGACUCCUCCCUAUUACCUUUCUUGUAAAUGGGCACAACAUUCGCUAACUUCCAAUCUUCUGGGACUACUCCUGUUAACAAUGAUUGGUUAAAUAAAUCUGUUAAUGGUUUUGCUAGUACACCACUAAGCUCUUUUAAUAGCUUUGGGUGUAUUCCAUCAGGUCCCAUUGACUUAUUUGUCUUUACUUUUGACAGUUGAAAUAGAACCUCUUCCUCUGUAAACUCACGUGUAAUAAAUGACUCAUUUAUCCUUUUUCUCAACUGAGGUCCCUUUCCUUCAUUUUCUUCUGUAAAUACAGAACAAAAAUAUUCAUUGAGGCAGUCAGCCUGACCUUUAUCCUCUUCUACAUACCUUCCUUCUUUUGUUUUUAAUCUAACUAAUCCUUGUUUUACUUUUCUUUUCUCAUUUAUGUAUCUAAAAAAUGUUUUAUCCCCCUUUUUUACUGACUGUGCUAUUUUCAUGCACUUGUAUGUUUCCCCUAAUAUUCAACAGCCUCUGGCCCAUUUGUAAUAAAUCAUCCCAGACGAUCCAUGUGGCAUGUCCCUGUUGGUUGGUAGCCAUCGUGUAGGGCGUCCUUGUUGAUUUUCUGACCUAGUUACAUGCUACGCAUCGUGAGGCACCCAUAGUGUUUGCAAAUGUACACUAAAUUAAAAAUAUAUAUUUAUUCUUAACUAUUUGUAUUUUACUGUCAGAAGAUUUUUCUUUUUUCUUAAAGGGCUCUUGGUACUGAUUGGAUUCUCAAUUCAAGACAGUUUCAUCUGAUGUUCCGUAACGCUGAAGCAAAUGCCUUCCCCCUUGCUCUGUGAUUUUGAUUAUAGAGUGAGUACGAGAAGGCUUCAAGUCUGAAGUCUUCAACAAACCUCAUCUCAUUUCUCUUUAAAAGUCGGUUGAAAAAUCAGUCCAUUAUUUAUAUUUAAUAAUUACAUGAUGUCAUAACAUGUUCUCAUCCCAGGCGAUGAUCUUACAAAAUGUGCAGUUCUGAAGAUAUACAGACACUUAAAUAUCGCCAAUGUGUAGGGAAGCUUUACUGUCUAAUUCUGGUGUCAGUCACAAGUGUUCUGCGCAGUGAUUUUAUCUCUAAAUUAGUAAAUUAGCUGUGCUCAAACCCCUAGCAGUAUAAUUGCGUUCAUUAUAUCAUCAUAAUGCCCACAGCAAUUUCAAGCCAAUCUGAACUGUUGGUUUAGUUGUUACACUCAUUAAAUAGUUGAGAUGAAAUGAUGCAAGGAUGGCAAUUACAAUGUAAGGCCUUUUUUUGUAAUCAGGGUGCGGUAAUGAUCAAUGACUUUGCUCUAUUGACCUGUCUAUACCUGAAUCUCUCUAGUAUACAUUCCUGAGGCUUGGAAUAGAGUGAUAUUGGUACAGUAAAAAUUGCAAUAAUGUGUUUUUAUUUUUUCAGAAGCCAAGUGUUGCGCAGGGAAGUAAGCACAACCUGUAUUGUUCAGUGUGGGAUUGUGUAUUUUGCCUGGAGCCCAAUAAAAUUUACAUCACUCUAUUAAAGGUAGAGACGCAAAGUAACCAUUUACUUAUAAGUAAACACAAAAUAGGGAAAUGGUCCAUUAAAGGGGAUUAUAAUGUUUACUGAUCCUUUAUGUUUAACAAAGCUGUUUGUAACGAUCUGAAAAAUAAAAUAAAUGUAGAAAUUCACACUGCUAUAUGUGCCUCUAUCCUGAAACUGGGUGCCUCCAUCUUGUCCCCCUGUCUACGUAUUAUUGUCAUAAGCUCUAACCUUUACUGCCAUUAGGAGCAGAGAAGAAACAAAAACGAUGUUACUGUCACAACCGGAAUAGUAUAGAAAUAACUAUGACACACAAAGACAUGGGGGGGUACUCAAUUUCAUGGGCAGAAUAAAAAAGAUACCAUGCUACAUUAGUGAGUCCCACAGCAGCCUAAUAUUCCCACAUACACAACAUAUCUCCAUGCAGCUAUCAGAAUUUCUCUCCCCAGACUGACCCCACAGGUUCAGGCAUUAAACAUGCCAUUCGGCCAUCCCGUUCAAAAUAUAUAUAAUUAACGCCCUAAUAUUGCAACUCCAUUGGACAUACUGUCCAUUGAGUUUUCUCCUAUAUCCCAUUUUCCAGUGUCAUUCAUGCUUUUCCAGUCUACCCCCGACUUUAGCCAUGAUAUCCAAACAUUCCAGUCUAACUUUUCAAUCCAACGUCAUUUUUCUCUACAUAGGUAAAAUCAAUUAAAUCUCCCGUUCAGUCUCAAUCCUCACUCUAAUACCAUCCUGCCCCCCUCAUUUCUCCAUCUAGUAAACAAAUAUUCAUUAUAACCCUCAACCAGCAUAAUACAUAACAUAUGCCCUUCCUUAUUCUCUAUGCUUCAUUCAUAAAUGCAACAAGUGCCACUCCUAUCACUCCAGGCAUUAAACAUGUGACUAAACCCUCAUUUAUCAUAUUUUAAAUAUUUUCAUGCAUUCUUGAUGCAGAGUCUUGAUCUGCAGAACUUUCGUCAUUUUGCAUUGCAUAUUUAAGUGUGCUGCUAUGUCUUUUUACAUAGCUCUUUUUUUAAAAUUCAUUUUUAUUUAUUGUGUUUUGAGAUUAUACAUGCAUUGAACCUCAAAUAAAACAGAAGAAACAAUAAUAGUGCAAUACAGUAUGUACAAUAAGUGCGUGAUGUGUGAUCUUGUGUGAUUACACUCACAUUUAAUUGAACUAUUUCAGAGCUCAGCUGUUUCAGCGCAUGGAGUCUAAGGAUAUGUGUUGGUAUGGGCGUUCCAAAUGGCUCAAAUGGAGUGCAGUACAUAGAACGUAUAUAGGGAUAGAUACAAAAAGAAUACUCCAAUGGUGAAAUAAGUAUUUGUAAAUGUGGAGUAAAAUAAAUAAUGUAACAUACUCACAUUUUCCAGAGCAAGACUUGCUCUGGUAUAUAUAGCGUUGGUGGUUUAAUCCCCACCUAGGAAUAUGAUGGUACCAGGAAGUGAUGAAAAUAAAAAUUAAAAAGUGUAAAUAUAAAUUAAAAUACACUAUUUAUUAACCAUAUAAAAAAGUAUUAAAAUCUAUGUAGAUAAGCUUAAAGAGUCCCACUUAACGCGUUUCGCCUCUUCAAAGGCUUCUUCAGAAGUGUGAUGUAGUCCUCACAAAGUUCAGUUUUUAUAGACAGUCUAUGAUUGAAAAAUUACUUCCUGGCACACCAGGAUGUUAUUUUUCUUGGAAAAGAUCCCACAUCACUCACUUAUUUAUGUUUUUUAUUUUUUUAUUUAUAAACUUUUAUUGUUUACAUAAAAUGAAAUCACAGGAAUACACAGAGGGGGUGAUUUGCAUUUCUCACAAACAAGCUGUAUACAUAAUUGAAGGGGACCCACGCAGGGGUCACAGUGUAUUAUACAUAAUUACAUAACAGUUGGAAAUCGUUGUGGUUAACUGUCAAGUACCUACUAAGAGGGUUGUGAAUUGCUCGAAAAAGUAUGUGUAUUGACCUGGGGGUAUUGCCAAAACGAUAAGUGAUGUCCGGGUCUCUAGCGCUGGUGUCACUUUCAAAUUCUGUGGUGGUAAACAUACCACAUAGUACAUUAUGAACCAUGGACGUUGCACCCUCUAGUGGAGUGGUGUUACUUGUGUAUUUGCCCUACUAUUAUGGCAUCUGUACGGGUUUCACAUUCCCUCCAUGUUGAAUUAUAUGAGCUUGGCGGGUUUGGAGUAACUCGCAUUACAGUGGGUUAUAUUUGUUUUCAGUGGUUACCUGUUGUUUGGGGACAGUAUGGGUAAGUUCAAGUUUAUCGAUAUGGGUUGGUUGUGAACAAGGUUCCCGGUUAGGUGGUGGCUACUUGCUCGAGAUCGGGGCAGCAUGGGUCUAGCAGAUACUACAGUGGGGGUAUCUAGCUCAUGGGCUAGCUGUAGGUCUCCCGAGUCAGGAGUCGAUUAGUAGUGCGCGGGUGGUAUCGGCUCAUUGUGUUAAGCAGCUAGUAGUUACCUGUGUCUGCCUGUGAGUUAAGAGUCUGUGAGUUAUAUCACAAAUAGAGAGAAAGGGAGGAGCAGGGGGGAGAGGAGAGGGUGAAAGGGAGGGGGGGGGAUGAUUGAAGGAAUGGGAGAGGGGAAGUCCGAGAGGAGAUCAAGAGGAGAUCAAAGGGAGUAUUUAGGCAGUUGGCAUUCUAACUGUCUUGUGGACCGUCCAGGCCUGGGCUUUUCCCUAUCUUAAGUUGUUUUAUUGCAGAUUGGACUUCUUCAGGGGAAAUCGGGGCGUCUAAGGUGGUCCCUAAGUUCUUGGGGAUUGACAUCACGCACUUAUUGUACAUACUGUAUUGCACUAUUAUUGUUUCUUCUGUUUUAUUUGAGGUCCAAUACGUGUAUAAUCUCUAAAGACCUGUGUACGUAUUACGUUUUGUACAUAAUCCUUGGGCGUGGUUACUUUCUCUUUUUCUUUAUACUCUAUUAUCCACAAGGUUUGGGAAUCCUUGUACUAGUUCCUGCAGCCCAGUUGUACCCUGUACUACACUUUAGUGAGCGCCUAUUAUCUUUUUUCUUUUUUUUUUACUGAGACAGUGUGGCAGAGGAAAGGGAUAAAACACAUAUUUUACCAGACAAAGGGGCUCACUCACUAAACAGAGAAUUGUAGUAAAUUGAAAUCUGAAUAGCAAAAUUCAGACUAAAACAGCCCAGGUUUGGUUAUAGCCAAGUUAGAGAAUUUUUUCCUGAAUUUUGCAAUGUGGUUUCCAGUUCACUACAAUUCACUAUUUAGUGUAUUCUUAUUAAACAAAGUACUUAGUAGUAGAAAAGUACAAUUUAAUCAACAAUAUUAUAUGAAUAAAUGAAACACGAGCAAAGCGUUUAAUAUAUUUUCCUUUACAGGUGUGGUAAUCUGCAGUUACACAGGGUUAAUGGAUAUACAUUGAAGACUAUUGCGUGAUCUUUACACAGGCUUAAAGGCAUGUAGUUUGGGUCUGAGCCAAGCCCUUACCAAUUUUGGAGUGAACUUCCUGAUGAGGAAACUGAGAAUGUGUGUGUAAAAGCAGAAGUUGUGUGCAGAGCAAGCAUUCACACCACAGGCCGAGAGAAACGAGGCCUCCUAGUAUGAAAUGAGAAAACAUUGUAAGUGACGUGUACUUACUUUGAAAGAUUAAAAUAAACAAUUCUUUCCACGUUCAUUGAGAAAGAUAAUAUUGUAAAAACAAGCUUAUUUGUCUGACACAGGAAAUGAGAAAAGUAUUUUUUUAACAAUAUAUACUUAGAAGUUUCAAGCCACCAGAAAGAUGAUAGGUAUAUAGAUAGACAGACAGACAGACACAGACAGACAGAUAGAUAGACAGACAGACAGAUGGAUAGAUAGACAGACAGACAGACUGACAGAUAGAUAGAUAGAUAAACAGACAGACGGAUAGACAGACUGACAGACAGAUAGAUAGACAGACAGAUAGAUGGACAGACAGACGGAUAGAUAGACAGAAAGACACAGACAGAUAGAUAGACAGACAGGCAGUCAGACAGACAGACAGAGAUAGAUAGAUAGAUAGAUAGACGGAUAGACAGACAGACAUGUAGAUAAAUAUAUAGAUAGACAGAUAGAUAGACAGACAGACAGAUAGAUAGAUAGAUAGAUAGAUAGAUAGAUAGAUAGAUAGAUAGACAGGCAGACAGAGGGAUAGAUAGACAGGCAGACAGGCAGACAGAGAGGCAGGCAGACACAGAUAGAUAGAUAGAUAGAUAGAUAGAUAGACAGGCAGACAGAGAGGCAGAUAGAUAGAUAAAUAGAUGGAUAGACAGACAAAUAGAUAGAUAGACAGACAGACAGACAGGAAGACAGACGGAUAGAUAGACAUACAGGCAGGCAGACAGACAGGCAGACAGGCAGACAGACACAGAUAGAUAGAUAGAUAGAUAGAUAGAUAGAUAGAUAGACAGACAGGCAGGCAGACAGACAGACAGACAGACAGAGAUAGAUAGAUAGAUAGAUAGAUAGAUAGAUAGAUAGAUAGAUAGAUAGAUAGAUAACCCCAGAUAUGAAUUUUGGUAGCUGUUGUAGAGAGAUGGGGUUGAGUUGAGAUACACCGCUUUGAAUUUGCAGAAAACAAAGUAAAUCUUUAUAUGUCAACUCGGUUUGAGCCUGAAAGCCUUGAAAUGUCUUAACAGAGCCAGCAUGAUAAAGGUCAUUGGUAAUAUAGCAAAAUCUUGUGGGGAUAUUCCCCAAGGGAGAUCAGAUUCUGAAAUGGGGCAUUGUAGGUAAAAAGUGAGUUUGAAGGGCACGUUUUAUAGUUUGGAGCCAAAGUCUAAGGGAGAUGAGAAUAGCAGGACAUGGAGGUAAGAAUCUAUCAUGUCAAGGCCCUAGGAGCAAGAUGAAGCUGAGUAACAUGUCAGGAAGCAUAACGUUACUUUCAUUUGUCAACCCAUAUUUUUACCAAAACAUGCCAAUAUAGUAUUUUAGUGGGUUGGGCUAUUAGUUCAUAUUAUAAUUCUAGUGUAAUACUUUAUAGAUUUAAGGCAGUUAUUAAACCAACAUAGACAACAAAUUUAAGGUCAGAGUGACUAAAUAUAUAUUUUUUAUAUUAAAAAAUAACUGAUUUAUAUAAGUAAAUAAUGUUUUCUGUGACUCUUAUUAGAUUGUGGGAUUUGCCAAUGAUUACAAAAUCAUCUGGACACAGGACGAGGUCAGUGAUUUGUAAAUGUAAUCCCAACUCUCUUGAGUUUACCCCUCGUGCAAAUUCCUAAUUUGAUACAGUUUAUUUUGGUCAUUGCAAAUCCUUUCAGUAGUUGUUAUAGUGUAAUUCUGGGAAUCUGGCCAGACUGAAUUUUGAUACAAUUUACAUUUCAUUGACGCUACAUUUGGUCUGGGUAGAUUGAAAGUUUUUACUUGUACAGGUUAAAAUUACCUGCACUCCAUUUAAAUAAACUUGGAAGAGUUUGGUCCCACUUGUAAUAUAGAAGUCAGAAUACUUUUAUAAACCUAAGGAAAGGGCUCCAAGUUCUCUUUAAAUAAUGAUGCAAUAAAACCCAUUGACCUUUAAGGAGGAAGAUUGCUUGGCACAACAUUUUCAGGGCUGUAUCUUGUCAGAAGAAUAUGAUACUUAUUUUUAGUAAAAUUGCAACACAAUAUAGAAGUGCACAACAAUGCAAUUAAAGAAAAACUAUAUGGUUAGGAAAGCAAACCUGUAUUUCUAACACUAUGGUGUCCCAGUACCUCAUUAUGGAGUACGUUCCAUCCCCAUUGGCUGAUGAAACGGUUGAAAACCUUUUCUUCACUUACCUAUUUCCAGCGACGAGGGUCCCUUGGCACAGGCUAGAUCUCUUGCAACGUCACAAAUUAACGGUUCCCCAUAGGAAAGCAUUUGCUCAUAUAUGAGAGGGCACCAUAUAGGUCUAUGGAGGAUCCCCCGUUGACAGGUGACAGCUGGGGGGGAAUGACAGAUUUGAUGCCCAGUGUCAAUCAAGGCACAGGAUAAAUAUCUUUUGACUGGGUUUGCAUUUCAGUGAAAUCCCAAAACAGUCAAUGGGAGCAUUUCAUAUAUUUAUAUAUUUACAAAAUGCUAAUUUUGGGUGUGGGGAGUGACAGUGCUGCUUUAACAUCCGUUCAAAAUAAUAGACCUUAACAGCCACUCUUUAUUAGGCACCUUAACAUCCAAUCAAUAUCAGAGACCAUAACAACAGCCAGUCUAUAUCAGAGACCCUAACAGCCAUUACUUAACAGUAAUUCUUUCAGAGUUGAUUCAGACAAUGUAAUUUCAAGUUUAUUCAAUCAAGUCAUGCAAAGUGCAUCAGACAUUCAAAAUGGCUAACUUUAUUAAACAGGGUUAUUCACUAAAUUGAGAAUUCUUGUUAGUGAUGUAUGCUAUUUGAUUAUUACAUUUAAAAUUUACUUUAUAGUUUCACUUUAGUGAUUAACCAAACCAGUGUUCUGGAAAGUGUCAAUUUGAGAGUUAAAAAAUGUAUUAAAGGAGUCUAAUUUGAUACAGUUUAUUUUGGUCAUUGCAAAUCCAAGAGAUAACCCCUGUGUUUAUUCCACCAGAUUUUAGAGCCUUCACAUUUAUGUCUUACUAACUAAGCAUCCUGUGUGAUUAUUAUACGUGUUUUGUGUCUUGCUACUCAAAAAUAGUGGUGUAAGAGAGCGCCAGACAACAGAAUAUGUUUUUUGUGCAUAAAGGGGUGCAAAUAAUAGACUUUGACAUUCUUGUUGUUACAAAUUUCAAUCCAUCCAAAUCUGUGCCAAUCGGGUGAUCGUCUGAAUUCCAAAUUUCCGAUCCUCCACAUAGACUAAUCACAAAACAAACAACUCGUAAAAUUGGUUAACGUGUUGGUUUAAUUAGGGAUUUGGAGUUCUGCCCGUGGCUACAAAAAAGAGAUGACUUAUGGGAAAAAAAGAUGAUUGGCUAGGAACAGCCACUAAAUGUUGAUUUUAUUCACAGAUUAAGUGAGAAGUGCUCAAAAGAGUGAAAAAAUAAAUAUAGCUGUAUAAAAUAUUAAAUUAAUAUAUGUAUAAAUACAUACAUAUAGAUUUAUUACUGCCUCUUUUUCCCUCUAUUGGUUACAUUUUCUCACUUGAUCUCUAAACUAUAUGGCAGGAAAAUGCACCUAUCAGUAUAUUGCAAAAUAUAUACAUAAUAUUAUAAUAUUUAUAUUAUAUAUAUAUUUUGCAGUGCACUGGUUGGCCCAUCUUUGUGCCUUUUUUAUUUGUAUGAUAUUUUUUCCUAAAUCAGUGGACGAACCUCUGACCACCACAAGCGCAACAUUUUUCUGUCCCAAAAUUUUGUUUUUCCCCCACUGUUCACAAGUCUAGCAACUAUUAUCAACAUAAGUGAAACAAUUCAAAAAAAUUCAAAAAACAUUUUAUUCCCACUAUUUUGCCUAUUAUAAUUUGUACAAAACUAGGGAAGCUACAGAACAAUACUCAAAAUAAUUUGCCCUGAUUUAGAAAAUUGAUCAUAUGCCUAAGAGCUAUUUUAGCAUUUAUAGGUCUGAUAUUACAAGGAACACAUUAAUGUGUAAAGGCUAGACUUUUUUGCCAAGACCAAAUAAGAACUCAACAGUUAUUACAGCCAGGUAAAGUUUGUGUAAUAGUGAUGAGAGUUAAAGUCCACAUUUUCUUCAGAACAGGCAAAUAAACACAUAUUCUGCCUGACUGAGAUUCAAGGGAGUUACAUUCCAUGGCAUAUUGAAGGCAGGUAUACACUAAACUUAAAUACACUUAAUUUUUUACGAACUAGAAAUCCUCAAAUCAAGCCCCAAACAGGGGCAACACAGUCACCAGAAUAACCACAGAUGAAUGUAGUUGCUCUAGUGUCCACUGCCUGUCCCUGGGGGCUUUUUAUUGUAAACACUGCCUUUUCAGAGACAAUGUGUUCCUUUAACCAUAGACAAAUCCUAACCCUACACUAGCCCUACUGCUGCAACAAGCCAGUGAUACCUGGCUCUCCCUAGUUUAAGAUGGAUUUAAACCCCUGUUGGCACUAAAUCUAAAAGACGUAACAGUACAUAGUACUGCAGAUUAACACAUGCCGCAACCAUACACCCUCACUAAAAGUAUAAAAGUAGCUCCUGCAAUUUUCAUUUACAUAAAAAGCUCCCAGCAGAGGCAUAACUAGAAACCACCAGGUCCCAGAGCGAAAAUUGCCCUGAGGUCCCCCCAUGUGUCUCCACCCCCCCCACCAGCUACUCCAUGUGUCUCAUUCCCCCCCCCCUGCCGGCCCCUCCACAGGUCUCAUCCCCUCGCCAGCCCCUCCAUGUGUCUCAUUCCCCCCGCCAUGUGUCUCAUUCCCCCUGCCAGCCCCUCCAUGUGUCUCAUUCCCCCGCCAGCCCCUCCACGUGUCUCAUCCCCCCCUGCAAGCCCCUCCAUGUGUCUCAUUCCCUCCUGCCAGCCCCUCCACGUGUCUCAUCCUCCCCAUGUGUCUCAUUCCCUCCCGCCAGCCCCUCCACUUGUCUUAUUCCUCCCCCUAGUUCCUCCACAUGUCUCACUCACCCUAGCCCCUCCAUGUGUUCUAUUCUCCUCCCUCGCCCCUCCAAGUGUCUCUCCAACCUCCCAUGUUUCUCUCCCACCCCUUUGUGAGUCUCUUCCUCCCCCCAAAUAUCUCUCCCACCACCAACCACUCCCAUGUGUCUCUCCCAUCCCCCCAUGUGUCUCACCCACCCCUCAGGAUCCCAUUGUGCAAGGCAGACAAAUCUCUCUGUCUGCCUGUAGAUAGUUUUGAUUUCAGAAGGUAUACAAAAACUCUCAUCACAGCAUAUGUUACUACGUUAUGGAGUUCCACUUACUAUACAUAACAGGAUGUUUUGACAAUGAAGACUAUAAAUCAAUGUAAUGUUUUAUCUAGGAACCGUACAGAAUAUACAAACAAAAAUGGAAAAGUACUGCAGUUGAUUGUUGAUGCAUUUGCCCUGUAUUCACAGUGAUUGCUGAAAAGAAAGAAAUGAAAAAAAGCUAAUCUAGAAUGUUUAGUCAUAGAGCAAGUAUACUAUCCCACCUCUCAAGGCCAGACCAUGUUACGCACUGAUCGAGGGUGAUGUAAUCUCAGCAGAAAGAACUGUUACAUUGAAAUUGCAGUGCUGCUUCCCACCCAUCAGCAUUCUCCCACUCACAACUCUGAUAGACACAUCUAUGUUGUGUGUAUUUUACAUAAACACAUCCAGAGGAGGGAUGGCAACUCUAAACUUGGAUAACAAGUACAAAUAAAUGUCAUUUUUUUAGGUAAAAAAAAAAACCCUCACAAAUCUCUGUGUUCAUUAUCCUACUCACAGUGCACAGGCAAAAUAUGGGUUUGACAAGUAGCGGCUGUUGGCGUCUUAGGUGCAACUUCCAGGGUCACAGUGGUUAUGGUUGUGACCUGGCCCUGUAGUUUUUCCUGUCAGGGGAAGCUCAGUCCAGGAGUGUGGCCCUCUUGCAAAAUUGCCAUUUAAUACACUGCCUCUUGGCCAAUAUAUUAAAUAAUAAUAAUAUACUGCCUUUUGGCCAAUAUAUUAAUUAAUAAUAAUAUACUGCCUCUUGGCCAAUUUAUUAAUUAAUAAUAAUAUACUGCCUUUUGGCCAAUAUAUUAAAUAAUAAGAUUCUUCUACGGAUAGUGUGCAAACUACUUUAAAUGCUCACUCCGCUGUUUUAGCACUCAUAAAUUAAUCAAAGCGCUUCGGCCAGGUUACCGUGGCAAUGCUAAUAGAGUGUUCUCCAGUCUGCACCAGCUGGAGGUGCAGUCUACAUGCUUCCACACAGUACCCUCAGGGAUACUAUGGACCCAUAGUUAUAUUAUUAAAUAAGUAGGAAAAUGUACGGUGAAUGCUUCCCAUACACAACCUCACACAGCUAAUACCCCACAUAUAGUCCUAAAGUCAACUUUAAAAUCAUUAUACUCUCCAGUUUCACACACAUCCCACUUAUCCAGACCCUAUACAUGCAUAUCACACUCAGCCAGCCACACAGAUUACACUUUGCCAACUGCCCCCCACAUACUCUUGGGGAGGGAGCCCUUCAUCGGGUCUUGCAUUUGGGCCCUGUAGUUUCUAGUUAUGCCCCUGUCUAGUGUUGCUUGGGGCAUCAGUCCAAUUAUGCUUGGCUAGCAAAGGCCUUGCACAAUUCCUACCUUAUUCCCACAGUAGUCUGCCAACAGACAUGGCAAUGCACCUCCACUUACUUUUAAUUAGCACAAGAAUGGUGCUUUGAGGCUGUAACCCACAAACCCUAUAUGCUAGUAGCCAGGGGAGCAAAUGAUCCCCUGCUAGUUUUCGAGUUAGCACUCUUGUGUGUUCAGAGAGGAAUAUCGUAAAUAGCGUAUCUGGCAGGCACACUCAGAGCCAGGGCAUUAUACACUAUUGGUAUUCGAGUGGCUUUAAACUUCAGUCUUCACUGGAAACAAAAUAUACAAAAACUGAAGAGAAAAAAAAACCGUGGGUGAGCUUUUAAAGGCUUACUUAUUCAGACUGAGUCAUCUGUGCUCAGACAUAAAUAAUCUUAAUUUCUAGCCAAGGACUAAAGGUUAGAUACCCUGGUAACUAGUGAUAUUGCGGUGUAUUUGUGCCCUUUCAAGAACCAAACCAAUGAGUUCCUAAAGUAUGAAAUGGAUAAGAAAAUAUAUAUUUUUAAAUAUUUAUAAUACAUUGCAGUAGAUCUUUUUUUUUUUUUAGGGGAUCAUUGGGAGAUGAAUACACUGUUUUAAUUCCAGCUUCAAUUCACAUGCAUGGCAAUUUCUCUUUUUGACCUUAAAAGAUUAUUUCAAGCAUGAUGACCACUUCAGUGAUUUGAAGUGGCCAUGGUGCGUGGACUCUGUAUGUGCAGCGUUUAGCUUUGAAAUGCUGGACAUAUGAAAUUUAACCCCUCUGUUGCCGGAGGUUUAACUUAGUGGUCAGCUAACUCUCUUAGCCAAUGAAUGACGACAGUCAUGGCUACAGAACCACCAGAGAGCAUCAGAGCCAGAGGUGACCCAGGGGAACUGGGCCACGGUAUUCCGAGCAUUAUAAACAUUACAGCGGGCUACAGUAGUUAUGAUGCUUGGAGUAAUCCUUUCAAAAAUAUUAUGUAUAGUUGUGAAGCCUACAUAUAUUAAAUUGCCUCAAUAAAGAUUUUUCGUUACUUUGGGAGCACCAGAACUAUUUAUUAUGAGUGCAGCAUUUGUUUACACUUUGGCAACUUCUUUUUAUAACAUAUACAUUUUGUUAAACUUAAUUAGACGGCACUUGUGGCCAUAUUGAACAUGUAUGAGUUGCUACCGGUAGAUCAUGGUUUGUUUUUUUCAAAUCUUUAUUUAAUUUUGCAGAAAACAAAAUGGAGGCAUAGGUUUUCGAUACAAACAAGGUCGAACAGCACAAUUAAAAAUGUUAGAACAGCUUAGAGUAAUAUCAUGAAUGGGGCAUCCUAGGAACUGAACCCUGGUGAUUUUACUGCACUUAUUGAUAUAGCUCUCUGCUGCUGAUAGGGUUAAUAAAACAGUCAAGUCUGGCCUUUUGCUGUUUUCUCUAUAAAUAAGCUGUUGCUCUAACUGAGACCUCACUACAAAGGAAAUUUUGACUUUACUUCAGGUUUCCUGUUUAGUCAUGUCAUGUGGAUGCAACAGAAAAAAAUACUCAAAUUUGCUACCACCUUCCUCUUUCUGAACUUUAUUUAGAAAACAAGAGUAUAGCAGAUGCAAUAUGACGCUUAUAUUUCCAUCCGUCUGAACUUGACAAAUUGAGUUCACUUUCAAAAUUGCUCUCUCUUUAUGUAUAAAUAUACAUUACACCAAGCUAUAUUUAAUCGCAUAUUUUACAAUGAGGGAACUUUAAUCUUUAGUUCUUGUUUAUUUCAAGUUCUGGGACUUUUUUUGGCCAUAGAUAUUUUAAAGGCAAUUUACUUGUCUUGACAAUGAAUAAAGAAUUAAAAUUGUUGUUGCUCUGAAUGGGUAACUGACACUUCCCAUGGUUUUUAAUAUUAUGUUGACUUAUUCCUUAUAUUUAUUAAAUUGUGGAGUGUGAAGAAUAAAAUUGAAUAUAGAAAUCCUCUCUGCUCUGCCUCGGAACUGAUCGCCUCCAUCUUCCUGUCAAUCAUUGUUAUAAGCGCUGCCCUUUGCACCUGUCAGUCAACAUACGGCAAACAUGGAAACAAAAAGCUCAGCAAAUAAUGGGGGAGAUUUGUCAAGAUGCGUUGUUCUAAAAAAGUGGCACAGCAAUGUUAAAGCAGACGAGUCACCAAUGGAACGUGCCUGCUGCUUUAAUUGGUUUACAUUGUGAUUGCCUGGCGCAAAAGCCCCCGAGGGAUCAGGAUCUGGAUGAUAACACUCAUUUCAGAUGGUGAACGUUUCCCAUACUGUCACUACCCAUGACAGUAUAUAUGCAGUAUAGACAUCAUAUAUUCACAAACGUACUGAUACUGUUAAUAAUUUAAGUCAAGAGGAUCAUACCAUAACAUGUUAAUCACUUACAGCAGAAGGGAGAUACCAGUGAGUUCUUAUACAAUGUAUGUAUAUUUGUUUAUAGAGUACUAAUACUUAGCGCUUUACGAGUUAUAUCAGGGGUAGGCAACCUUCGGAACGCCAGAUGUUGAGAAUUACAUCUCCCAUAAUGCUCUCAGGGGAGAUGUAGUCCCAAAGGUUGCCCACCUCUGAGUUCCAUUAUGUUACAGAGGAAGUAGAGUAAGUGCAGUGGCUAUAUAGUGUAAGUAUUUAUAUUUUAUUUGAAUUCUUAUUACAGUUGUAUUUAGUAGUGAUUAUGCAUAGUGGUUAUGGUGCCAGCAGUGGCUCCAUCUCAGGUAAGUAGUCAAAGUACAGUGACUACUUUAGUACAGAUGACAACUUACCUACAUCCCCUGGGUGCUUAUUAUUAUUAUUUUAUUAUUUAUAUAGCGCCAGCAAAUUCCGUAGCGCUGUACAAUGGGUAUACCUUGAAUGCUUUUCUCCUGCAGUAAAAGCCUGAUCUCGCUAUAAAGCAGAGUGGAUGCAGGACUCUGUGGACUGCCUAAGAGCGCUCAGCUUACGCACUCAGACAGUGAGCGCAGUCCUGUAUGGCCUUGCUUUAAGGGACACUAUAGUCAUAACAACUACAGCUUAUUGUAUUUGUUCUGGUGAGUCUUAGAAUCAUUACCUUCAGACUUUUUAUAGUAAACACUAUCUUUUCAGAGAAAAUGCAGUGUUUGCUUUACAGCCUAGUGAUAACUCCACUGGCCACUCCUCAGAUGGCUGCUAGGGUUGCUUCCUGGGGCAGUGCUGCACUGUGUGACCGACAUUCAGUGUCUCCACCCUCUGCAUGCAGACACUGAACUUUCCUCAUAUAGAUACAUUGAUUCAAUGCAUCUCUUUGAGGAGAUUCUGAUUGGUCAGAGCUGUGUUUGGCUUGUGCUGGCUCUGCCCCGAUCUGUCUCCUUAAGAAACUCAGCCAAUCCAAUGCUUUCCCAUGUGAAAGCAUUGUGAUUGGCUUUGAGCAAUACUUCUGAUGAUGUCAGCCAAGCAGGCAGAUCAGGGGCAGAGCCAGCAGCAGCAGACUGGAAUAAACGUAAGACAUUACUAUAUUUAGAGAAGGAGAGGGGGAUAGAUGGUGUUUUCAACACUAUAGGGUCAGGAAUAUAUGUUUGUGUUCCUGACCCUAUAGUGUUCCUUUAAUUUUGUAGAGCUAACUGAAUUUAUUACAAUAGAGCAGGUACAGUAAGCACAGUCAUUGCACAGUUUAUAAGUGUAUAUUUCAGUAGAGACGCUUUUGACUGGACUAUUUUGUGGGUUCAGAGCGCAUGCGCACUCUAUGUUCCGGUAAGGGGAGGGAAGGGGAGAAGAAGGGGAUAAAAAAAAAAAUACAUGGAGGGGAUAGGGAGGAAGGAGGGCUGUAGGGAAGGGACAGACAAGACUCCCCUCGCAGGGUCUGCCAGCAAUGGAGAAUCACAUUACGUCUUUUGGCAGCAUGCAGUGCGCGCUGACAACAAAUGUAUUUUAUGCACAGAAUUUAGAGGACUGUCAAUGUCAUGUUUGCUGGUGGUGAAACUUGCCUUCAGCACAAUGAUGCUAAUUACUCUGGAUGUGCAGUGUUUUAAGCUGAAACACUGCCUAUCCAGACUACUACCACCAUGACCACUUUAAAAAUCAGAAGUUGUUAUGGUGGUUGUAGUACCCUUUAACAAAUAUGUAUUUGUAAGGUGUGAAAAAUAAUAUCAAAUGCAAAAAUCCACACCUCCUAAUCCUGCAUCUGGUCGCCCCCAUUUUAGCUCCUUGUUGAUCCUUGAUAUAAACUCUGUCCUUUGCAUCUGCCAGUCAGCACAGAUAAAGCAGGCACAUAAGAGGAGGAAUUAAAUAAUGUUUAUAUCUCUCCUUUUCACUUGCAAUGUUUGCUCUGGUUUCCCUUGUCUGCACUGAAUUGUUACGUAAUUUACAAAUCUUUAAUAUCAAAAUAAAAGAAAACAGUGCGUCUGAUGAAAAAAAAGUUAAUACAAGUUAUAGCUGAUUUCAAUAUUUUAUUCAGUGGUUCAAAUUCCAAUAAAUUAACAGUUCUUCUUUAAUAUCUUGUUGUGCAGACAUUUUCCCGAUAUCUGUAUGUCCUGCAGAUAAAUCUAGGAGCUUAACAGAGAAGAUUCUGUGCAUCAAGGGAGAGAAAUGAUACUGUAUUCCUUAAACGUCAGAUGUGUUGGUGGAUUGUGGUUUGAAAGACUGCUUUUCAUAGACCACUGACAGUUUCACUGGCCCAGGCUUCAGAAGCCACCCACUACGGAUCCAUGAGCUGUGAAAACUACUUUGGAUAUAUUGUUUCCUGUGGAAAAAAACAUGGCAGAUAAUUUCACUGUUUCAGAGAUCCUCAGGAUUUUUAUGAGUGGAAAAUGUGAUCUGUAUAAUAGAAUAACCGUGUGAUAUGUGGUAACAAAUGACAGUUAAACUAGUAGAUAGCAAUGAAAUAUAGACAGACCCAGUUAUUUAUUUUCCCUCUCAAUUCCAAUUAUUUUUCGGAAUAAAGAUAUGACCAAAGAGUAUGAGUAUCUGCCAACAACACCAGAUGUACAGUUCAGCUGUUUCUUAAAAACAAUACAAAAACACUAUGCAUUACAAGUCAAAAUACAUCUUAAGGGACACUCUAUGGACUAUAACCACUACAGCUCACUGUAAUGAACCUAUGGGUAUCAUGCUCUUUUUUUUGUAGCUUUGACAAAAACAGAGUUCUUCACGGCACCAUAGUCACCUCCCACCCCCUUAAACUGCAACUAAAUUGCCAAAAUAAAUCUUCAGCAUUAUCAGCUAUUCUGUUUGCCCCGGAUGUCAGCAGUGAUAAGAUGAGAAUUUGGGAAGUGACUUAGCCUUGUACUCUUACACUUCAUACUGUGUGAUGUCCUUUCUUCAUAUCAGUAUGAGUGGAGAGUGUAGUCCUUUUAAGGGAAAUUGGACAUAUGUUGAUUCAGUUCAUAAAAGCAUUAUAAAAGAAAAGGUUUGCAGUAAAUAAUAAAUUUUAUACUAUAUAUAACAAUAUAGAAUUUUGUACAAUUACAUAAACCUGUGCCAUUCACAUCACACUAUCUGUCAUUAUAGCACAUUUUUUAUUGUGAGACGUUUUCCAACGUAGGACUCUUUAACUCCGGUCCUGUUUGUAGCUCAUUGGGAGGCUCAUACAGUUGAUGUUCCAACAUAGGACCUCUCUCCAUUACUAGAUGCAAUUACAGCUAGAGAAGGCUUGACCGGUGUAUAGUCGCCAUAUGGGCAGUCGGACUCCAGGACAACCCUCCCACAUACCUAACCCAAUAAUGCACUGACACUCGGGUAUAUGGGAAAAUUUGUCCACAGCUUUAUUAAACAAUCUGAAUAAUAAUAACCAUAUAUUCAAUAUAACAUAAUAAUAGUAAUAAUUUAACAAAUAAACAUGGGUCAUUGCCCCCCAUACUCCACCCUUGCAUCCGAUUCCUUCUGUUAAUAUAAAAGGCAAUGACCCCCAUAUAAAUAACACAUAUAUAUAACAUAUACCACCAUUAUUCCAACAUACCAACUUAAAGUGCCAACAUAAAUUUAACCAUGGCAGGGGUAUACCCGGAUACCCCUACCCCACCAGGUUCUGAGCCACCGACAGGACUCGAAACCUAUCAACCACCGAUGACCACCGUUUGUUUUCCAUCACGUUCAUCCUAGGGAGCCUAUUCCUUCUCCUUCAGCUCCCUAUCCCGCCACAAGCUCAGACCUUGACCCCUUAAGCCGUCUAAGCUCCGCCACCCCGAAGAAAUAGCGCCUUGGUUAUUCCGUCUUGCCAACCCAGGUUCAGCAGGUCCCAUCCCACUGCCGAAAGAUGAAUGCCAUCUGAGCGGUAGUACCCCGGCAACCCGCCUUCCAACUCGCUGUGCCGCACUACCACACCCCCCCCCCCAACUUCCUUACGAAGCUUGCCAUCAAGCUAUUCACUUUCUUUCUACACUUGUCGAUGGCCACCGGGUCCCUUGCGUGCCGCCACCGCCUCCUCGGGAUAAUCUCUGACCAUACUAACAUUACUCCCGGAAGCAGGUCCCUCAGUUUGUUGAGGUCCUGCUUCAUCCACUUCACCAACCUCCGCUGCGGUGUUAGGCCCAAGUCAUUGCCCCCCGCAUGUAGCACCAGCAGGUCCGGCCUCCGCCCGCCUGCCACCAUCCGGAACACUUCCCGGCAAACUUCCCCCAAGCAAAAACCCCUAUACCCAAACCAUUGCACCACCAACUGGUCCCUGGAAAAGCCCAGCUGCUGGCCCUGAGCUCGAGCUGCGGCUCUCCUUUCGGCCCAGAAAACAAAGGAAUGGCCCACGAUCCAUGCAACAUAGCCUGGGGAAGAGAGAAAACACAGAUUGUAACAACAUCCCCCUAUUGCCCUCCGGGAACCCCCAAAAAAAGGCCCGACAUAUCAUUCUAACAAUCCCAACCGCACGUACGACCGGAACCGUACUGACUCCCAUCUUCCAAUUCGUUUAACUAUGUCAUCCCCCAGACCCAACCUUGCGGCUUCCGUGGCCGCCCCGAUGCGAAAGGAAUGUGUACCAAAGCUAUCCACCCGUAACCCCAUUUUUUCCAGGCCCCACCGAAAAACCUUAAUAAAUUGAAAUCGGGAGAGGGAAGACCCGUCUGCGUGCACCAGGAGGGAUCCCCCAACCUUCGGCCUCCGGACCAAAUACUCUGCCACCGAGGCUACCGGGCACAGAACCGAGCCCGGCAGGGCCUGAAGUGUCACAUCACGGCCCACCCUCCGUGAAUCCAUCUUAGAUUCGGCCAGGUGAACCACCAAUGUCCCCCCUUGCAGCCGAACCCCCGAGACCUGUAAGCCCCCGGCCGCUACCCGAUUGGCACUCACCAACUCGCUAAUCCGGAAAGCCCCGAAGAAAGCCAACGGAAACGCUGUCCGAAACAGGGAUACCUCAAACUCAUCUAAGCAAAUUCCAGGCAGCCCGCUAACCAGAUCCCCCAACACCCACACCGACACCGGGCGCCUAGUGUCUGGAAACCUGCACCCCUUCCGAUAACCCUUAAGAGCCUGCCUGAUGACGAAGGACUUAGUAACGUCUUCCUUCCCAUGCAGCUUAAACCAGAAAGCCAUCGCCGCCAUGGACCUGUCAACCACUGCCAGGGGAGGCCCCCUUUGCCAGCAAUCGACAGGUGUACCACAGAAACGCGUCCCGGAGCGAUUCCCCUUCCGGCACGCAAUCCGGCCCAGCCCAAGAACGUUCCCACGAACCCCACACCUUACUGUAAGCGGCCCAUGUGGCCGGUGCCAGAGAAGCCUUCACAAGUCCCCCAAGCAGGACGCUCCCAGCCGCCAAAUUUCGUCCGGGCACACCUGGCCCGUUUCCUGCGCCUCUGGUGCCACCGUCCGGAAUCGGGACCACUGAAAACGAGAGAGAGCGUCAGCCACUUCGUUCAAGUACCCGGGCACAUGGUGCACGCGAAAGACAACAUUGCGGGACAUGCACAUUAGGACGAAGUGCCGCAGCAACCGGACCACCGGUUUUGACGCCGCUGACUGAUUAUUCACUGCGUGCACUACCGCUAUAUUGUCAGAGAAAAAGACCACCUUCCUGUCCCGCAGCCCUUCCCCCCAUAGAGCCAUCGCAACCACCAGCGGGAAUAAUUCCAGGAAGGCCAGGUUCCGCAUAAGGGUGCUCGGCCCCCACGCCAGCGGCCACCUCUCCGCGCACCAUUUCCCACCAAAGUACGCCCCAAAGCCCACACUACCUGAUGCAUCAGUGAACAGUUCCAGUUCUGUCACUGACACCCCUUCCUGCCGAAAAAACACUGUCCCAUUAAAGUCCCGCAAGAAGGUAUCCCACACGGCAAGGUCGGCCUUCAUGGCGGACGAUACCCGGAUGAAAUGGCGUGGGGAUCGCACCCCCGCCGUAGCUGCCGACAGGCUGCGGCUAAAAACCCUACCCAUUGGGAUUACCCGGCAAGCGAAAUUCAGCAUCCCGAUCAACAACUGCAGCUGCCGCAGGGUGACUUUCCUCGCCUGCGCUACUGCUGCCACCGCCCCUUUUAGCCCUUGCAGCUUUGCCAGCGGCAGCCGACAUUCGCCCCGUACCGAGUCAAUCUCCAGCCCCAGGAAACUAAGGCACACUGCCGGGCCUUCCGUUUUAUCCGCUGUCAGUGGGACCCCGAAGCACCCCGCGACCCACUCAAUAGUCCGAAGCAAACGCUGGCAAGCAGGGGUGCUUGCCGGCCCCACGCAGAAGAAGUUGUCCAAAUAGUGUACCACCGAUCCAUUCCCUGCCUCCGCCCGUACUACCCAUUCGAGAAAAGUGCUGAACUUCUCAAAGUAUGAGCACGAGAUGGAACAGCCCAUGGGGAGGCACAAGUCCACAAAGUAUGCCCCUUCAAAGAAACACCCCAGCAGGUGGUGACAUGCCGGGUGGACCGGAAGCAGCCGAAAUGCUGCCUCAAUGUCCACCUUUGCCAUCAGCGCCCCGCGCCCGGCCUUCUUAACCAGCUCGACUGCCCGGUCGAAUGAUGCAUAUGAGACCGAGCACAACUCCUUGUCGAUAUCAUCAUUCACCGACUCUCCCUUGGGGUAGGAGAGGUGGUGAAUGAGCCUGAACUUCCCCGGCUCUUUCUUGGGUACCACCCCGAGCGGGGAAAUCCUAAGGCCUUCCAACGGCGGUGCUGAGAACGGGCCCGCCAUCCUACCCAAUAAGACUUCCUUUUCUAAUUUCUCCCGCACCACCCCCGGGAACUCCACCACCGACUCAAGGUUGCGCCGUACCCCAGACCCCUCCCUGUCCUGGAACGGGAUAAAAAACCCUUGCCCAAAGCCCACCCGUAGCAACUCGGCGUCCGCCCUGUUACCAUAGCGGCUUAGCCAUGGCUCCAUCGCGUCGAGCCUCACCGGGGUUAAGACCCCUCCUCCCCCCCCAACCGGAGCAGCGACUCUGGUAUUUCCUGACUUCCCCUUUUUGAAGCAUCGGUUAAGCCCGUGUGUGCCCCCGCAGCCUGAGCACUCGUGUUUAAAACGACAGGUGUUCCCCCAUUUGCACUGGCCUUCGUUGAAGAGCCAGCAUAAGCCCUCUUGCAAGGCGGCCGACGAGGCGGACUGCCCCUUUGCGCCGGCCGUGUGCUGAAAGGGCUGCACCUUCUGCGCCAUCAUCAAUUUCAUCCAGAGGGGCAGGUCCAUUUGGUCCCAUCUCAUACCCGGAUUGGCCGCCAAGCGCUGCCGGAACUGCUCAUCGUACCGCCACCACGCCAGCCCACCGUAGGUGCGGUAUGCCUCCCAAAUUCCGUCUAAAUAGCAAAACAGGGAGGAGCACAAUCCCGGCGAUUUCUCACCUAGGACACUGGCCAGGACGCAGAACGCCCUCAGCCAGUUGCCGAAAGAUUUCGGUAUCUUACGAUACCGCUUCUUUUUCUCCUCCUCCUCUUUUUUCUCGUCUUUCUUAUCUUCCUCCUUGAGGUCUAUAAACUCCUCUAAGGGGAGAAGGGAAAAGAUUUCACAGAAUUCACCCUUCCAGAUCUUGUCUUUUACCUCCUGUUUGAGGUGCACCCCGAGCGGACCAGCAAACGACACGUAUGCGUGCUGUCUGGCCGCAUCAGAAACCCCCCCACCAGCCAACUCCGCCCGCUCACUCGCUGCGUCCGCCCUGCUGCCAGCCGCUCCCGAAUCCCCGCUUGAACUCGGUUCUGCGGAGAUAACACCCGUGGCCCCUGUCCCCUGUGCCCACACCUGACCUACACCGCCCCCGUGUCACCCCCCGCUCCCAGCGAGUGUUUGUAGUGUGUAAACCAGUGUACCGGAUUGCAACGAUGCACAGGACUCACCGGCCAAGCCCCCCGGUCUCCGAGCGCUGGGGGCUGCAUUGUCCACUGUAAUCCGUCCGGGAGGAGCGACCUCCGUUAACGCCCCGCCGACCGGGGAGCCAGCCCGGUGCCCAGCUAAGACAGAAGAUGACCGGCUCCGAGACCUGUAACGAGGAGAAGAUGUCCUGGGUAGGGUGUAACGAUCCCCUGUCACCCUCCCACCCCAACCCGGGGAGCGCCUGCUCUUCACCAAAGCCUCCCGCCGUAUGGUGCCCGUAGUCCGUGCUCCAGAGGCCUGGACGGCCCCGCCCCGCGGGAUACGACUCCUUCCCCCCAGCGUUCGGUCCGCCCCCGCCGACCAUACGGGGCCUCGACCGCGCUGCUACCGGGCCUGCUGCGGCCUCCUCCCGCCGCCAUGCGCCCGCUGGCUCCAGCUUCGCCGGGCCCCACGCCCGGGCUCAGCCUCCGCGGCGGCCUCCUGGCCCGCACCGGACGAUCCUGUUCGCCCUCCUGGGUCGCCAUUCCCGCCAGGGCCGGUCCGAGUUGGGCCCGCAACCAAUCCGCCCCGUGACCUCGCGCCGCUGACCGGAUCCCCUCCAGCAGCCUCUCCACCUCGUCCAUGGCCCUGCAGAAACGACAAGAAGGAAAAAAGGCCCUACCUAACCCAAUCUGCACACACAGAAGUGCCCACAAACUUGGUCAGGUAGGAAAUUAGAAGUGUAGCCCAGCCUACUUACCCAUAACUCCAUACUUCCUUCCCUCCUCCUAUGCCCGCCUCCUAACCCCUGUCAAGGCCCUUUUUCGCUUAGCUGUGCUUUGGCUACAUGGGGCUACAUUUUAAACUGGCCUAAUUAAAAUUGUCAUACCUAUCAUUUCUUGCAAUAGCAAGUCUCAUAUCAUUUGUGCCCUGGUUUGGGUAUCCAUCAUGCCCUCUCUCUGACUUUUUAGCUUGUUAUACCAACUUCAUUGCUUUGUUGCCACAUUCAAUAUACAUUACCUGCUGUGACCACGUGCACACCCCAGCUGAUCAAAAGACAGUACAUUAACAUACAAACAAAUCUGAUUGACACUAUGCUUGUAUUGUUUAUCUUGAUUGCUCUAUCUCAUACUUUAACUCUAGGUUAGGUUUAGGUUUAGGUUAGACGUUGGAAAACUAUUCAAACUUGGGGUUUGCGCUUUAAUAAAGCUUAGGGUUAAAGGAAUACGCAAAUCACUAUAAACACGACAGUCAUAGUGAUUAUGGUGCCUGGAGAGCCCUGGCACCCUCACCGGAUAAGUAUUCAAACCAUUUGUGAGUGAUUUGACAAAUUAUGUCUCUAUAAAGUAAAGUGAGGUCUCUGGCUCUGCACUGCUAUGGAGCUAAUGGAAACUCCUAGCAGGAGCUUCUGACUUCGUAAAAGGUUGUGAUAAGCACCUGAAAGACCCCAAGUAAGUUGUCAAACCAUACAGAAGUUAUUUGACUACUUAACCUGGGAGGGAGCCAGGGCACUCCUGGCACCAUAACCACUACAACCUGCAAGGUCAUCAGGACACUGCUGGCACCAUAACCACUACAGCAGGUUGUAGAUAAGGAUACUGUAUUAGUUAGAGACAGAAGCAACAUGAUUUUCCUCAACUUAUCUCCGAGCAUUUCAUGUACAAGAAAGUAUCUGAAUUAAAGUCAGCAGCCACUAAUACUACAUGCUGUCUGAGAGUGUAACUCCCACCAAUCUCGGAAAGUAAGAGAUACAUAUGUCUCAGUGCUGGCCUUAGUUUAAAGGAAACCUAGUUCUACCCCUCACACUAGCCCUGACCCUGACUUAAAAAAUAAUUAAAAAAAUAACCAUACAGUAUGAAAUAUAUAGAGAUAGAGCUGACAUAUGUAUCAUUGGAAAAUAAUGCCAUCUCAGGGUUCUGUAGACAUAUACCACAUAGCCAUCAGUCUUGUGCUUUAUUUUGAUUGAUGAGGAUCAUGAACCUCUCAAUAGUAUAAUUUUCUACAUAAUAUAAACUUCACAGUUAUUUAUAUUUAAAGGGCUAGUCCAACCACCAUGACCACUUUAGUGACAGGUAUUGUUAAUUGUAUGCUGUUUCACCCCCAGCAAACGUGACUUAGGCAACUCAGAACUCUGUUCCGGGCUGCCUAAUGUCAAUUCUCUUUAUGAGAAGCCAGUGAUUGGACCACGCAAGGCCCCUGUGACAUUAGACGGGGCAUGGAAGAUGAGCACCGGGAGCUUUGCUUGGUAUUGGAUUGCAGGUGAGUAAAAAAACAUAUUUUUACAAGCCUUAUAGGGUUACCUAAGAGCAAUGCUUAAUAGGACAUAGUAAUAGGAGUAACCCUUUACAGGGGUUCUCAACCCAGUCCUCAAGGACUCCAGAACUGCCCAGGAUUUAGGGAUUACCAUGCCGUGUCUAAUGUGUUUUUAGGGGGGAGGGGGAACAAACACUUUAGAUACAACAGGGUAAUCCCUAAAUCCUGGACUGGUAGGGAGUCCUUGAGGACUGGGUUGAGAACUCCUGCUUUAAUAGAAAUAGUUGGAGUAACCCUUUAAUAGAAAACUAAUCACAAAUAACAACAGCAAAUAUCCUAGACCUUCACGGGAUAUCAUAUAGGAUAAAGGCAUAAAUAUUGUGACCUAGUAAAACAGGGAUUAUUUAGGUUUGACUUGAUUGUCCAUAAUCACACUGCUUUAGCAACAUGUACCGCCACUUACCUAUGUCCAUAUUACUGUUUUGCUGCAGGGUACUUUCCUAUACUUUAAUGAUUUAAGAGAACAUCAGGAAGUUGUAAUGUAUCAUUUAUGAGGCAGCAUAUCCACAGACCUUGGAUAAAUUAUUGAACAUCUACUUUCAGGUGACAAGCUCUUAUUUUGGUCUGAAAAAAAAUAUUUCUAAUAGCAACCUUAGCUAACAUUAAGUGAUAUAUGCAUCUUUUAACAAUUGGGACCACUGGUAAAAGUUGCUGCCAUUGAGUAGACUUUACUCCAAAACUCGGAAUAGUACUUCUAUGUGUUAAUAUUGUCUGCAGCCAAAUGCCUUUUUUUAAUGAAACAGCACACUUAAAAAAUCUCAGAUAUGUAUACGUACAGGUUAUAAGAUUUCUCUUUUGUGUAUUUUACUGGUGCAAGAAGUCUGUGUUUUACGGAAAUUAAGCUGGUUAACAUAACAGCAAAAAUGUCCAAUUUUCAAUAAAACAUAUUUAAACUAUCUCAAAAAAAUACUUAGUGCCCCACCUCCCAAACACUAAAGUGCAAGUGCAGCUCCAAACACAUAUUUAAAUUGAUUCAAUGGCUUACACCUAAGUGUAACGAUGGGGAAGCUGGUACUCAUAAAUAUGAAAAGGAAGAGAAAAACAUACAAUAGUGCAAUAACGUUAUAAUGCACAUAAAAACCAAAUUGCGUGGAUAUGAUAUAUGCUCACAAUUUAAAGAGCCUUUUGCACGAUAUGGCUCUUUUUGGCAGCAGCAGUACCUCUUCUGAUGACAGAACAAUUUCUUCCUACAAAGUCCAUAAAGUUAAAAAGAAAUGGAGCGCAAUCUUGUGCAAUAAUGCUUAGUUUAAACCAUAUAUUAAAAUAUCUUUGUUUGUUAAGAUGCUCACCUCUACCUGGAGCCCAUAUACGACUGUCCCUAAGUUUGUAGACAACUUGCCAAAUCUGGUGUGGCAGCGGUUCCAAUUCAAGGAAGAGAUUACUAGGCCAAGAUUCACCUAUAAAUGCAUACAUUUUUAUUUAAAUUUUAAAAACAAAUAAGGAUAAAAUUAAAAUAAAAUUAAAAACAUACAAAGUAAAUAAGAUAGUGCAGUCCUUAGGCCUCGAUGAAAUAUAAUUUACUAGGGAGAGGGAACGUGGAAUUAUCACUUCUCUGGAACUUUUUCUGUUGGUGGAAGCCUGUGGAAGGUUAGUCUUGUAUGAAAACACUAUAUUCACAUAUAUUGUUCAUAAAUAUCAUCUCUAUAGUUGAAUGUCUUGGCUGCAUUCACUUGUUUAACUCAUCCUCUUUGUAUGACCUGUUUCAAAUCACUAUGAUUUUUCCUUUGGUUUUUUCUCCUUGAUUUCUGUCAUGAUCAGGCUACAUCUUUAAACCCAAAGUAGUGUGUGUGUGUGAGGUAUGCAAUGUGUGUGUGAGGUAUGCAAUGUGUGUGUGAGGGUUGCAAUCUAUGUGUAUGUUAGAGGAGCAAUGUGUGUGUGUGUGUGAGGAGUAAAAUGUGUGUGAGGGGUGCAGUGUGUGUGGAGGGGUAGCAGUGUGUGUGAGGGGUGUUGUGUGUGUGAGGGGUGCUGUGUGUGGAGGGGGUGCUGUGUGUGAAGGGGGUGCAGUGUAUGUCUGUGUAAAGGGUGCAAUGUGUAUAGGGGGAGGGUGCAGUGUGUGUGUGUAUGAGGGUGCAGUGUGUGUGAGCGAUGCUGUGUAUGUGUAAAGGGUGCUGUGUAUGUGUGAGGGGUUCAGUGUGUGUGUGUGAGGGUGUGGUUUGUGUGAGGGCUGCUGUGCGUGUGUGUGUGAAGGGUGCAGUGUGUGUGUGGGAGGAGGGUGCAUUGUGUGAGUAAGGGUGCAGUGUGUGUGAGGGUUGCUGUAUAUGUGCGAAAGGGUGCUGUGUAUGUCUGAGGAGUCCAGUGUGUGUGUUUGGGGUGCAGUGUGUGUGUAUGGUCCAUUGUGUGUGUCAGGUACAGUGUUUAUGUUUGGGGUACAGUGUGUGCAUGUGUGUUGGAUCCAGUGUGUGUGUGAGGGGUGCUGUGUGUAUGGGGGGUACAUUGUGUGUGUGUGUGUGGAACAGUGUGUCUGUGUGUGGUGCAGUGGGUGUGUGAGGAGUGCUGUGUGUGCGUGGGGGGGUGCAAUGUGUGUGGGGGGGUGCAGUGUGUGUGAAGGGUGCAGUGUGUGACUAUGACUUGAGGAUAUAUAUGAUUUACAUUAUUUUUUAUCUAAAAUUUAAUACAAUUAAUAUUUUGUUAUUUAAUUUUUUUUAUUAAAAAAAAUAAUCUUUGUAUCCCUCCUUCCUUCUUACCUAUUGACAUUACAAGGCAAUCCCUGGUGGUCCUAGUGGAGAUGCCCUGGUGGUCCGGUGGGGAGCGGACUCUAGCCUGCAGCUCCUGAGACUAGAGUUCACUCUCGCGAAAACGGAGCAUUGUCAUGGUAACUGCGGCAAUGCUCUGCUCUUGUGAUAAGAGAACCCCAGAGGAGCUGGAUGUAAGAGCUCCUGGGUCCUCUCUCCCUCCCCUGCCGGCUUUCAGCAAAGUGCCUGUGGGCCUAAAUCCACUACUGAUUGCUACACACAAAGUAAAUUGAACUUGAAUGUUUUGAGUAUAAAUAAUGAUAAAUAAUAAUAUAAGAUAUUUUAGUAUCAUUAACCUCUUCACUGACAAGCUCUUUUUGAUUUAAAAAUAUUAGUAUAUCAUUUAUUUGAAGCAAGGAAUGAAUAGCUAGUAUAUAAACAUAUCAUAACACAGCAAUUUUGGGUAGAUUGCUAAGCAGACAAACAUAAAAUAUUAAAUUAUGUACAUUUACACAAUUUUUAUUUUUCACUUGUUUCAUCCUUUAUAAAAUAUAUUUGGGUAAUGAAAAACUUCAGACAGUAUACAGUGUUCACAUAAGGUCUAAAAUGUUAGUAUAAAAGCAAAAGUGCAAUGUUACUGUAGGUGUGACAAAAAUACAUAAAUAAUUGCAGUCAAAUAUGUUGCUUAUAGGUAUUUGUAAGGGCCCUGAAAACAUUACUAGACAUUACUACUAAAAUGUAGAAAGUCUGCGUUUCAGUAUACUUACAGUAAAUACAAUUACAUAAUAUAUUUCUAAAAAUGUAUUUAACAUGGCUAUAUAUCUUUACUAUUCACUGGACUAUUAAUGUAUUGCUGACAUUGAAAUGAUACCGUCCACUCACUCCUCCCUGACUGUAGUAAUGAUAUGACCCAUUGCAACUUCCUGUACUGUUUGAAAGCAGGGGGUGAGGUGAGCUUACAUUUCAAGCAACUUUAUCAGUGACUAGUGGCUUCUGGCAGAAAACAGUUUUUCUCUACAGGCUGGCAAUCAUAACUAGUGUAUAAGUGAGUGUGAGUGAGGCUCUAUGGACUAGAUUUACAUGUAUACUCAAUUUGUGCGUUGAAGUGGUUAAAGCGUUAUUUCACUACACAGUGAAUUAUGAAAAAGUUAUAAAACUUCUCCAGGUAAGCCAUGUUUCCAACUUAUUAUUAUUGCAACAAAAAUCUAAAAAGGUGUCUAUUUCUAUCCAUUGCUUGGUAAUGAACGAUUUCUGAUUAUUUGUCAAAAUAAUUUUAAUUUUUUUUUUUAUGUAUGUUUGCUUUAUUUUAUCUUAGACAAACUAUUUUAGCAAUUUGUAAUAAAGCAUGAAAAAGAUUAAAGACAGACUCAAAAUGACACCUGCAUAGUGUUAUUCUAAGUUUAAUACAAAUGUAAGAACGAGUAGCUGGGGUUUGCUUUGUUUGUCUUCAAUCUAUUGUUAGGUUGAAUAAAAAGUCAGUAAUUAUUUCCAGGUGCCUUCGUCAGCUCAUUCCUUUCAGUUCAUUUGUGUAUUCCUCAUGCCUUACCUUCCACCAAAAAGAAUAAUAACUGAAUCAAAGUAAGUCCAAUAUAAUGUGAAGGAUUAUAAUUAUACAAAUGACUUGACAAGUACCUAAAAUGGCUGCUACCACUAGUGCACAGAUAUAGGACAUUCUAGCAUACACAACAAUAGUGUAACAAUAAUAGGGAUGGUUGAGACGCCAUUACAUUUUUCUUUAUUAAACUUAUUAAUGUUUAUUUAUUCAUUAAACUCAAAUGGCAAAACUGAGGCUUAAAUAGAUCAUUUGCAAAAAAAUUCAAACUAAUUUUAGCAAUUAUAGCCUCAUUUUUUGCGAAUCAGAAUGAAUUUUCUAAUAUCCAAUGUUUAUUGAAUAAGCCUGACUGAGCUUAAAAAAUAAACUAUUUGGGGUAGUGUCAAGUCCUGUAUAAAAUUAAAGUCUGCAGAUUGUUUUUAUUUGCCAGCAUAUAUUAUCUGUCCAAUGUACAUUACGUAAAUUAAAAUACAUAAUGUUAUUGAAAAAAAAAAAUCAGUUCAUCCUGCCUUUCUAAUUUGAAUUUAAGUAAAGAUCAGGACCCUGCUUAACACAGACUUAUGAGAAACCAAAAAAAAGCUUAAAGAGGAUAGGUCACAUUAAUAUUAUUUUGUAAAAUCAUUUAAAGGGACACUAUAGUCACCUGAACAACUUUAGCUUAAUGAAGCAGUUUUGGUGUAUAGAACAUGCCCCUGCAGCCUCACUGCUCAAUCCUCUGCCAUUUAGGAGUUAAAUCCCUUUGUUCACACCUCCCUGCAUGUGACUUGCACAGCCUUCCAUAAACACUUCCUGUAAAGAGAGCCCUAUUUAGGCUUUCUUUAUUGCAAGUUCUGUUUAAUUAAGAUUUUCUUAUCCCCUGCUAUGUUAAUAGCUUGCUAGACCCUGCAAGAGCCUCCUGUAUGUGAUUAAAGUUCAAUUUAGAGAUUGAGAUACAAUUAUUUAAGGUAAAUUACAUCUGUUUGAAAGUGAAACCAGUUUUUUUUUCAUGCAGGCUCUGUCAAUCAUAGCCAGGGGAGGUGUGGCUAACCUGCAUAAACAGAAACAAAGUGAUUUAACUCCUAAAUGACAGUGAAUUGGGCAGUGAAAUUGCAGGAGAAUGAUCUAUACACUAAAACGGCUUUAUUUAGUUACAGUAAUUUAGGUGACUAUAGUGUUCCUUUAAGCUAUAUUAAACUAAAUAAAUUAGCACCUUUAAAAUCAACCAACUUUCUAUGCUAACUAUAAGUAAUGAGAAUGUUAUAAAAUGCCUAAUGAUUGGAUUACCAUAAUGCUGAGCCUAUACACCAGAUUUAUGAAGAUAGGUUAGAACAGUUUGAUAGAAUAGAUGUCUGUCUGGGUUUUGACAUAACUAAUAAUGUUGACCUAUUUUCAAACAUUUAAGUUAGGGAAUUAUCACAUUUUGGAUUUAUUUGAGAUUGACUUAAAACAACUAAUUCUACAAAAGUGCAUUUCUCAAGGCAUACCAUUGGGAAACAAGUAUAAAAGAAGCAAAUUAAAACAAAUGAAACCAAUGUGGCAGAAUAAAAGGGCCAAUAAAAUAAUAAAUUAUAAUAAAAGGGCAUUUAAAACAUUUAAAUCAGAGGGGUCAAUAGUAUCCUUUAACAAAUAUAAGCAUGCCAACAGGGCUUGCAAAAGAGGGAUUAAAUGGAAAUAAUAAGCUCAUAGCCAAAUAGAGCAAGACCAACUCUAAAAAUGUUUUUUAUGUAUAUUAAUGUCAAAAAAGGUUUAGAGUGAAAGUGUUGGUCCAUUGGAAUCUGUGAUGGGUGUGGUUAUAAAAGACGAUCAGGACAAGGCAGACAUUCUAAAUGUUUUUUUCUUCAGUAUAUUAGGAAGAAGAAUCUAUGGCUGUAGAUUUUAAAAUCCCUGUUAUGAAAGCCUUAUGUCAAACAGGCUUAUUAGCUAACACAGGAAAAAAUGCUACAGUAACUAAAUAAAGUUAAUGUAAAGAAAUCCCUGGAGCCAUAUGGUAUUCACCCACAAGUGCUUAUAACACCGUUUUUAAUCUUUCAGGGUUCUUUUCUUUCAGUAAUUGUACCAGAGAAUUAAAGAAAAGAUUUAGUGCCUAUAAUUAAAAGAGCUUAACAUCUGUGGUUGGAAAAUUACUAGAAGGGUUCUUAAGGGAUAGAAUUCAAGAAUUAAUUUUGAACAAUAAUAUCAUUAAUGAAAUCAACAUGGUUUUAUAAAAUGCCAAACUAACCUAAAUGAACACCAUAGGGUCAGGAACAUGAACAUGUAUUCCUCCAAAAGCCUGAAGGGACUGACUAUACUCACCAGAACAAAUACAAAAAGCUAUAGUUGUUCUAGUGACUAUAGUGUCACUCUAGUUUGUCUACUUUUUUUGGUGGAAGAACAGUAUGAGAAUAGAAUAUGUUUAGUGCUCAAGGAUUAGAAGAAUGAAUUAGAACUCUGUACCACUGCACAGCUCUUGAUAACACCGCUUCCUCCUUCUGUGUGGAAUCUUUAUGAUGAAAAGAAAAAAAAUAAGACAUUUUACCAAGGUGCCCCAAUCCGGAGUUCUAUUAGGCCAGUGAAUCUUCUUUCAUCUUAUAUGCCACCAUGUCCUGCACCCAGCAGUAGUUUGAAUUCUGAAUUCUGUCCUGUUUCUAGAGAAAGCAUAGUUUGUGAAAAUAUGUAUAUUCAUAUAUUAAUAUCUUUAACACUGCUGAAUAUUUUAACAUUUGCUUACAUAACAUAUGUACAGUUGUCUUAGUUUACAGGUCACAUUUACCUAAAUUAAUUUUUAUUUUAAAAGCACAUUUUAGCUCUUGCGCAACAAAUUGUGAGCAUAAUGAAGACAUUUGGAUGACCUGACCUUGGUGUGAACUUCUUUUCUGAAUCAACUGCAUCAUACUGGAACCCUGAUUCACUAAAAUAUCUUUCUUCAGAAAUACAAGUCCUAGAAGAAUUUGCACGACAAAGCAACUAGUUUCUUGGUUUUAAAGAAUGACAGUUCCAGUCUGACAUCAUCUCUCUCUGUAUAUGUUUUUUAGUCCCGUAGCCUUCAUUUCCAAGAGCUAUGAAUAUUUGAUGUGUGCUCCAGAGCUUUACUGAGGUAACAUACAGUACUAAGCAGUGAGAGAGUAUAUCACAGAGCUCCACAAUAAUAAUACUGACAUUCAGUAUGGUAUCAUUGCACCACAGUAAAUAUUUUGUAAAAUAAUUUUGUGUAAAUCGAAAUGCAUGAUUUUAUUAAAAAUUACUUACUCAUUAAGAUAAUUCUGUGCAGCUCACAAAGCUCCUUAAAACUCUUAGUUCCACUCUAGGAUACAACGCCAUCAACAUCUCAUAAAACAACAGUGCCAUUCUUUGUUCAUUUGUGUUAUUAAGGAUCUACGAGAACCCCAUUUCUUUUUAUCUUUUAUUCUUUUAAUCAAAGCUAGCGUUCUAUAGAUGAGCGGUACAAUUAUAGUGCACUGUCCAUUAGUAGUGACAUGUAAAAGACUUAUAAACUAAAAAUUGUAUUACUUACACAAGAACACCUUAUACCUCAGCUCAUGCUCAAAUCUCAUUCUUCCUCAUCCUUUCCCCCCGUAACCAGUGCCUGACCAAACAACUUCGCGGCCACCGACUACAGGCUCCCCGACGAACAUCAUCAGCAAAGUAUCUAACAAAGUAAGAAUUAGGACUGGCCUGGCCAACGUUACUCAUCCCCUACCACUCUACCCAGGUUUACAGAUGACUAUUGCAUAGAUGUGUCCUAAAUAUAAACCAAAAUGAGACUUACGAAUCACACCACUAAAGAGAAAAUACAUGUGAGCUAAGACACUUACGCGCUAAAUGCGCAUCUACAUGAUCUGAUAGGCAUGCACCCAACACUACCAGAUCUUUAUUAAGACAGCCCUGUGCUCCCAUCUUUAAUCACAAACUCUACCAUUGUAGCAUAUUCCUCCCCUAUCAUGGCCCUUCCCUUCUCCCUCUACAACACCCCAGGACAAUGAACUAAGCACAACCAGUACAAAAACUACUCAUACUGCUACUUCAUUGAAACCGUAUCCUAGUAACGACAGUUUAAAAGUGGCAACGCGGGCAGACAUAGGACACCAAAGCAAACACAGGUACAUCAGGCCCAUUAAGGCAACACUCAGACAGAGGUCGGUUUACAGAACCCCAUAACAUUCUAAGAACUGGUGGUCAUUUCGAUUCGAUACACCACACUGGUAAUUAGAAUGUAUAAGGCAUAUGUAAUGUUACACUUCUUGACUUCAGCUUACUGAGCAGUAAUCAUUCAAGCACCUGACAUCACAUCCACCUAUUGAUACAUGGAAUUAUGAACACACUAGAGUAUAGUGAAAUGGGAUAAAUAUCUAAGGCAUGUACUAUUGUGAUUACUAUUUUACUGCCUCUACUUGUCAUCACCAUGCUCCUCAUUAUUUAACUUAUAUUUGUAUUUCCUGUGCACAGAUUUAUCGAAUGUAUUGCCUAUGCUGUUUCGUAUGUAUCAUUAAUCAUUGUGCAAAGCUUGUCUUCGCCCUCCGCCUUUUCUUUGCUGUAUCCCUGACUAUCAUUAUAGUCAUGAACAAUUUCAAUAAAAA